AAAAAAAUGUACAAUAAUUCUAACCAAGAUUAUUACUAGUACAAUUAGAAUACUUAACAAUAAUAAUACUAAUAAUCAUACUAAUAAUAAUAACAAUAACAAUACUACAAUCCUUAAGCAUUUGACACAUAGGAUGACAAAAUUUAAAAAGAAAAUAAUUAUGGAUGUAUAUUAAUGUUUUAUAUUACAUAGAUCAUGCUGACUUUUCAGACUCUUAUAUUAGAGCAGGUUUUGUUAAGAAAGUGUAUACUCUUUUGACCAUCGAACUUUUAAUUACAUUAGCAUUGAUAGCAUUAGGAUUAUACACUAAUAUGGCUUAUUGGCUUGUUGAUGCAGGUUUUGACUUUUUAAAUGUUUGCGUUUAUUAUGGUUUUGGCCAAAUGUAAUGUGGAUAUAUUACUUAUUUUGAUGUUUACCCUACAUGGUUAUUCUAUGUUUCUUUCGUUAUUGCAAUGUUCAUGCAAUUAGCGUUAUAUUGUGGUGGAAACUUAGCAAGAAGAGUAUUAUUAAUAUUUAUAGAAUAUAGGCUCCUAUGAAUUACAUAGUUUUAUUAUUAUAUAUCAUUUUCUUUGGAUUUAUGCUUACUACUCUUUGCAUAUUGAUGGCUGUGUAUUGGGGAUAUGGAGUUGUUUGGUAAGCAUGGGGAAUUACAUUUUUAAUCGUAUUUGCAUUAACUUUGUAUGCAUGUAAGACAACAACAGAUUUUUCAUUCAAAAGUAUCUAUUAUUCCAUAUUUUUAGUUGGUGCUAUUUUUAUUCUAAGUCCUACCAUUUUGGUAUUGAUCAUAAUGUUUUGUAUUACUCAAAAUUGUGCAAUUUACAUUUGUUUAUGUUCAUUAUUCAUAGUAGUAUAUGGAUUCUAUUUGAUUUGGGAGACUUAAUUAAUUAUGGGCAAAGGAGUAAUAUUAUAUUAAAUAUCUUUAAGAAAUUAAAGUUAUCUAUUGAUGAUUAUGUCAUUGGAUCAUUAUUGCUUUAUGCUACCAUUAUACAGUUGUUCAUUAGAAUCAUGGAAAUUUUAGCCAUAGCCCGUGGAAGGAGAUGAUUAUUAUUAUAAUUAUAAAAUGAGAA